UGUAACCAUACGUGGGGCUAGACAAGGUAAAGUGAUCAUUUAAACAGUACUUAGGCAAAUCUUGGGGGCACUUCAACGGGCUCACGAGACAUAACGAGAGAACGGCGAGGUCCACACAUUCUUGUUCUAUCAAAUCUUGAGCCGGUGAAGAUUUGUUAUUACUUUCUGGAAGCUGCUGCCACUGUUGUGUAAACCAGCUGAUGGUGAGAGCCGACAGACGUUCAUUCUCAUACACAUUUUAAUGGCCCAUAGACUGCGGGUUUUAGCUUGUCUCCCGUGAUCGUGUGUGUGUGCUUGCUUGCUUGCUGGGUUCCCUGCAUCUUCAAGAGUUAUAGUAUUUGGUUAUUGGAAACAGCUCUCAGAUUGUGUGACAGGACGAGUAGAGGUUAUCAUCUGCGCAUGUCAGAGGUUUGACCCGACUUAAGUCUUAUAUAUAUUAAGGCAAGAAGUUUGCCUUCAAUAUCAAAGGAUCCUAUUACUGUUCUAAGAAUUAUUCGCGGACAAUUUACCAGUGCUAUGCACUAAUUAUUAGUGCUUAUAAACCCCAUAAUGCAGCAUGAAUGCUGUCGCCAGCGGUGGAUACAAGCAGGACCAGUGGACGUAGACUCAAAAUGUUUGGUGUGAAAGUAUGUAUGACGCUGUUGUGGCUUUGUUUAUUGCCUGGCUGGCUCAGGACAGCAGCACACGUCAACGAAUUUUUGCCAUUGAGGAACAACAUACAGACGUUACCUCAACAUGGACGGAAAAAAGUAGAAGUGCUGGGUGAAACGCUCAAGCGGCAAGUGUCUAAGCUCAGACAAACCGCCAAUCAACAGGUGGAUUUAGUGUUUUUGGUGGACAGCUCAGGCAGUGUUGGCGAAAUAAACUUCUUCAAUGAGCUCAAAUUUGUGAAGAAACUUCUUGCCGACUUUACUGUAGCCGAGCAUGCUACACGUGUUGCCGUGGUAACGUUUUCAUCUGCAUCUCGCAUCGAACGCCACGUCGAUCAUCUCACACGACCAACUGCAGAUCGACACAAAUGUUCCCUUUUAGAAGAGGAUUUACCAAAGAUUUCCUUCACUGGGGGUGGGACAUAUACUUUAGGGGCAAUGGAAGAAGCGAAGGAAAUUUUGGCGGCGGGCCGUCAAAAUUCUUCCAAAGCUGUAAUAUUGAUAACAGAUGGCUACUCUAAUAAUGGGGAUCCACGGCCAGUGGCCAAGGCCCUUAGGGACCAAAACACCAAAGUGUUCACUUUCGGUAUACGAAACGGUAACACACGUGAACUUCGAGAAAUGGCUUCAGAACCCAAGGAUGAGCACAGUUACAUUUUGGACAGUUUUGAAGAAUUUGAGGCCUUGGCUAGGCGAGCGUUACACGAAGAUCUUCAAACUGGUGGCUAUGUAACACAAGACUCAGAAAAAUGUGACAACCUUUGUGAGGAGGGAAAGAUGUGCUGUGACUCGUCAGCAGCGUGCAGAUGUGGAAUACACACGGGACACUACCAGUGUGUUUGCGACCCAGGUUUCUAUGGUAACGGUUUGCAAGGCGAUUGUAAAGGAUGUCCGAGUGGAACAUAUAAAAAUACCUCUAUUCCCGGAGAUGAGAGCACGUGCACGCCGUGUCCAGAUCCCAACCACGUCACCCCAGUGGGCAGCACCAAGAUCCAGGACUGCACAUGUAAAAAAGGAUUCAGGACAUUUGGAGAGUUUGGAUGUGCAGUUCUAACGUGUCCAGACAUUGCCCCUCCCGGAAAUGGUUAUUUUGUCAAAGGCCAGUGUAGCAAUGAGUUCAAUGCAGCAUGCGGCGGGAGGUGUGCCCCCGGGUAUCAGAUGCUAGGUAGCAGUGUGAGGCUAUGUCAAGAGGACGGCACGUGGUCUGGCACAGACAUCUCUUGCAACAUAAAGAAGUGUACGCCGCUGAAACCCCCACGUGGCGGGCGCAUGGUUUGCACGAAAAAUGAUUUCAACUACCAGACAAAGUGCAAAUUUUCAUGUGACAAGGGGUACGAGCUGCUGGGAUCCAGUAAAAGAACAUGCCUGGCAAUAGCUGUUUGGAAUGGAAUACCGACUAAAUGUAGAGAGGUCCAGUGCCCUCCCCUACCAGAACUGAAGGACGGUUACGUUGUUCCUGCAGCUUGUACAACUGAGCCCGCCUCUUAUGGUGUCAUCUGCACGAUUUCGUGUGAAUUCGGUUAUACCCUUGUCGGGCCGUACACAAGACAGUGUAACGAGUUCGGGAAGUGGAAGAGUAGCAGCUUAGUCAGCAAAUGCGUUGACACCACAGAACCCAGCAUCAUGUGUCCCGAUGACAUCACAGUGGUGGCGGACGACCACGAGAACACGGCUGAGGUAACAUGGGAGGUGCCGGUGGCUAUAGACAACUCGGGCUACGUACCAACGGUAACAGUCGUGCCCGCGGUCGUUCCUCCCAGAAAAUUCCAAAUCGGCAGGACCAAGGUGACAUACCACGCUGAAGAUCUGAAUAAAAACCGCGCCAAGUGCAGCUUUGUCAUCACUGUUAAAGAUGAAGAGCCACCAAGACUAGACAGAUGUAUAUCACCUCCACCGGUGGUAUCCACACAACGUGAGCAUUACGUGGAAUGGGUAGAGCCCCUUUUCUCGGACAACUCACAGGAAGAUCUCACUAUUAAGUCUUCUCACAAGCCCGGGAUGUUUAAAUUAGGGAAAACAGAGGUCUUCUACACAGCCUACGAUCCUUCGGGGAAUAAAAACAACUGUACUUUAGAAAUCAUAGUGCAAGAGCACAAGUGCACAGUCCCGCCUUCCCCAGUCAAUGGUAAUGUGAAUUGCAAAGAAAAUCAGAAUAAUAUUCACUGCACUUUAUCCUGCAUGGACGGAUAUGGUUUUGCAAUUGUUCCUCCUGAGUCCUACUCCUGCCAUUUUGAUGAGGGUCGCUGGUCGCCUUCAGAUAAGAUGCCCGAUUGUUCAGAGAAAAAGAUGUCAAACAAUGUUAUUCAACCCGCAAGAAUAACCUACAAAACCAAUGUGUGUGCGGAUAGACUGUUGUUGAACGAACUUGAAAAUGAUUUGCAGAGUCAGUUGUCGAACAAGGUAGCGCACAUCUGUGAAGAGAACGUUAUUUGCGGCGUUGAAAACACUGAAGGUAUCUGUGAAGAGUAUGAUAACAAAAUCAGGAAUCCCUUUAGUAGAUUAAGCAGACGCAAGAGAGAUGACUCCAUAACGAAAGUGAAAUUCACCUUUCAAGUGCGAGGUUUUGUGAAUACGACAAAGAGUGACCACGCCCAGCACUCUCUGAUGGAAAGCAUAGGUCUUGUGAAACGCAACCUAAAGACAGAAGCCAGGCAGGGACAACUGGACAUCAUGAUGGGAGACCAGCCGCUUCAUUUUGAGGACAUAGAAUUUUUACUCGAAACACCGAAAUUUGUUUGUGAGCCUGGGAGUGUAUUGCGAAAAAACGUCUGCGUAAACUGCCCCGUCGGAACUUUCUUCAACGUAGUAACAGAGGAAUGCGAGAGUUGUUCCGUGGGUACUUACCAAACUAAAGAAGGUCAACAGACGUGCCUGGUGUGCCCAAACAAGACAUCCACAGCCACAAAUAAUUCAAAGAGUUUAGGGGAGUGUAAAGCCCAAUGUUUGCCUGGAAGUGUGUCUUAUGAUGGUCUAGAGAUAUGUGAGACAUGUGAAAUAGGGUAUUAUCAGGCUGGAUAUGCACAGACCUCGUGUGACAAGUGCCCAGGGAGAAAGACAACCUGGAGGAGAGGGACCAGGAAAGCUGAGGAAUGUAAAGAUAGGUGUCCUGCAGGUGAGGUGUCCAAGACAGGCCUUAUGCCUUGCUUUCCAUGUCCUAAAGGUUUCUUUCAACCAGAGGAAGGCAGUUCAUUCUGUAGACUGUGCCCAAACAAGGCCACCACCAAUCACACUGGUUCUACCAACAUCACAGAUUGUGAAGGUAUUAAGGAACCAGACAUUCAUGAAAACACUACAGAGGUUCACAUCAAUGAAUGUUUCUUGGAGCCAUGCCAGAACAGAGGCCAGUGCCAGAGCUUGAAGAUUGGAUACACAUGUCAAUGCCUACCUGGUUAUACUGGGACUGACUGUGAGACUGAAAUUGAUGAAUGUCAAUCAAGGCCUUGCCAAAACAAUGGAACCUGCCAAGAUUUUCUGAACUACUUCAAGUGCACUUGUCUUGAGGGAUUUACAGGAGAAUCUUGUGAGACUAAUAUUGACGACUGCCAAAAUGCACCUUGCUGGCAUGGAGGACUGUGCACCGAUCUUAUUAACAGUUACAAGUGUUCUUGUAAAGCAGGAUAUACAGGACAAAACUGUUCCAUUGAUGUCAAUGAGUGUGCCUCAUCUCCAUGUCAGAACAAUGGGAACUGCCUGGACCAUAUUAAUCGCUAUUCAUGCCUCUGUCCCUUUGGUUUCACUGGGGACAACUGUGAGACAGACAUAGAUGAGUGUGCCAGUGGACCCUGUGUAAAUGGGGGCACCUGUCAGGAUGGACAUGACUCCUUUGUAUGCUUGUGUCAGCCAGGAUAUGCAGGAAGGUUGUGUUCAGUGAAUGUGGAUGAGUGUUCUUCUCAACCCUGCAGACAUGGUGGAACAUGCUAUGAUUCUGUGAACAGUUUUACUUGUAUAUGUCCACCAUCCUUCACUGGGAAUCAGUGUCAAACAGGUUUGUCAUUUAUGUAAAUGGCCAAGACAUUGUAACAGAUGUAACAGCAAAUGACGACCAAUGGCAUCACAUAUGUGUCACAUGGUCCAGUGCCAAUGGGGAAUGGCAGAUCUUUAGAGAUGGAAGAAGUCUUGACCAGGGUCAGGGACUUGCACCUGGAACAGUUAUAAAAGGAGGGGGCAAGCUUGUCCUCGGGCAGGAACAAGAUGCAUUUGGUGGAGGGUUUAGUGCUCUUGAAUCAUUUGUUGGAAGCAUGACCCAGCUACACAUAUGGGACAAGGUGUUUACUGAUUCUGAAAUCCAAGGAUUAAUUCUGACCUGUGAGCCAUAUAUAGGAAAUGUCAAGAGUUGGCCAGACUUCCUCUCUGGUCUCAGGGGGAAAGUACAAAAAACAAAUUCUUCAUUCUGCAAAGACUGUGAAAUCCCACCCUUCAUACCAAAUGGCAGUGUAGAGUGGACAGGUACUGCUACAUUCUCUAGCGCCACCUACAGUUGUGAUGUUGGGUAUGAGCUGAAAGGGACAGGGACCAGGAGGUGCCAGGUGUACUCAGAGUGGGAUGGUGAAGCUCCCAGGUGUGAAAAAGUGAGCUGUGGUUUCCCUGGUAUGAUACCAAAUGGUUAUAUAGCAGGUAGUUGGUACACCUAUGGCAACUUUGCCCAGUACGUAUGUGUACAUCGUUACAAGUUGGUAGGAAAUGCAACCAUCUACUGCAAUGAACAUGGUGUUUGGGAAGGAAAUCAGCCCAUAUGUGAAUUGGUUUUAUGUAAACUUCCAAAAAUACCAGACAUGGUGGAGGCACUAGAGAGAAAAGAAGAGUACAGGCCAGGAGAUGUUGCCAGGUUCUAUUGCAAUCCAGGGUAUAUGUUAAAGGGCCCAACCUCAGUCCACUGUGAUGAUGAUGGAUCUUGGGAUGUAGAACUGCCAUCAUGUGUCAGUGUGAAAUGUGACCUGCCUCCGCGUUUGGACAAUGGGAUAAUCUUCAAUGUUUCAAGUCAAGAUUUUUCCAUGGGCACCAUUGUGACUUAUAGAUGUGAGGUUGGCUACAGUCUCAUUGGGAAAAGUAAAAUCAAGUGUAAUUUCAAGGGGAAGUGGGACAAAGAUCCCCCAUCUUGUACUAUUGUGAAAUGUAGGAAGCCACCAAGUCUACAAUUUGGGAGAGUGGAGGGGAAGUCCUUUGUAUUUGGUUCCAAAGUCACGUAUCAUUGUGACACUGGUUACAAGCUCAUUGGCCGCCAGACUCUCAAGUGCAAUGCAGAUGGUCAGUGGGGUGGCUCAUCCCCUAUAUGUGAUCCAGUAUACUGUGAUGUUCCACAACAAAUACAAAAUGGCUUUGUGCAUGCCACAAGUUAUGCAUAUAAUGCAACUGUGCAUUAUACUUGCAGGACAGGACAUAUGUUGUUUGGUAAUAAAAUGCAAGUGUGUCUCAGAAAUGGCUCUUGGUCAGGUUCAAUACCAGUUUGUGAGCCCAUACCAUGUUUGCCACCUAGUCCAGUUGCCAACGCAAAGAUAAUAGGGGAGGACUUUACAUUUGGAAGCACAGUUACCUAUGAAUGCCAAGAGGGUUACAUAUUGGAGGGAAUUCCAGAACGUGUCUGCAGAGAGGAUGCAACAUGGCAUAAUCCUCAGCCAUCUUGCAAGAGGGUGCAAUGCAAAGUUCCAGACAUAGCUCAUGGAAUUCUAAGCAAAAGUGUGCUCUACUAUCAAGAUGAGUUACUUCUCAACUGUAAAUUAGGCUUUGAAUUGUCACAUAAUGAAACAGUCACCUGUCUUGCUAAUGGCACAUGGAGUUCUUUGACACCCACUUGUGAGCCAAUUACAUGUCACAGGCCACACAGUAUCCUCUAUGGCAUUGUAUUUGUGUCCAGUACCUCUUAUGGUGCUGUGGCAAAUUAUACUUGCAAUCCAGGAUUUGAGCUCCACGGAGACUCAACUCGUCUUUGCUUGACCAACAGGAAAUGGAGUGGCACAGAACCUGCUUGCACAAUUAUUAAAUGCCCUCACCCAGAGGAUAUUGAUUAUGGAGAAGUAAAAUAUGCCAACUUGUCAUUUGGAUUGAAAGCUCAUUACUCUUGCAGUGCAGGAUACGAAUUGGUUGGUAAAUCAUCAAGGACAUGCCAGGCUAACAAGACUUGGAGUGGCAAAGCUCCAAAUUGUGUUCAGGUGUACUGUCCAAGACCACCAAGCAUCCAAUAUGGAAAUUAUAAAUUGGAUGAUACUGUGUAUGGGUCCAUAGCUCAAUAUGAAUGUUUUUAUGGAUUUGUUCUUAAGGGUGACGUAAAUAGAACUUGUGAGCAGGACAAAACUUGGUCUGGCUCUGAGCCAAUAUGUUUUCCUAAACAAUGUAAGAGUCUUCCAUCAGCUAUCCUUAAUGGAAAAGUUAUAGGAACUAACUAUACAUUCAAUGCAACUGUCACUUUUGAAUGUGACACUGGAUAUAUGCUCAUUGGUUCAAAAUUUCUAGCAUGUUUAGGAGAUGGCACGUGGGAUUUUGCUGUGCCAGUCUGCAUUCCAAUAUUCUGUCCAGACCUGCCAUCUUUUGCCAAUGGUAAAGUUGAUGGAAAAGACACCAUAGUGUUUAGUUCUGUGUCCUAUACUUGUGAUAAAGGUUACAAAUUGAUGGGUCCAUCUCAGCGGAAUUGUUUGGAAAAUGGCACAUGGAGUAAAGUUGACCCAAUUUGUGAGCCUGUAGAUUGUGGACAUCCAGAAAAUAUACUCAAUGGCAGAGUGAUUGUCAGUGGUACAAAAUUCCACGAUUUUAUAGAAUAUGAAUGCAACAUUGGUUACACUCUUGUUGGUGUUCGCUCCAGACUUUGCUCUGCUAGUGGAGUUUGGGAGAAUGUGCCUCCAGCAUGUAAUAUCAUCAGCUGCGGACAGCCAACUCAAAUUCAGAAUGGAAAGUUGCAUUACAACCAUACAACAUAUGGCUCAUUUUUAACUUAUACAUGCACCAAAGGUUAUCAGCUUGUUGGGCAUAAAACAAGAAUUUGCAAUGAACAUGGAAGAUGGUCAAGUGAAGAACCAGUUUGUAAAAUUACAACUUGCAAGGAGCCUGAAUAUGUAAGAAAUUCAGAUUACGUAGUCACUGGAACUACUUUUGGUGCUACAGUGACAUAUUCCUGCAUGGAAGGCUAUGUGCUAGUCGGAAAUAAACACCGUACAUGUAGUUUCAAUGGAAAAUGGGUCCCAAAUGCUCCAGAGUGUGAAAUUAUCUCAUGUCCUGAAUUAAGCCCCAUUGAAAAUGGAUACGCAGAAGGUGCACAAUACACAUUUAGUAGCAGGGUUGCUUAUCAUUGUCAUCCUGGUUAUGAAUUAAUUGGAAGUCGCAGCAUUAUUUGUUUGUCUAAUGCAACAUGGUCUGCCCCAUCACCAAUGUGCCAACGGAUAAUGUGCUCAUAUCCACCAGAGCUAAAACAUGGAGAAAUGACAGGGGAUCAUGGGUAUGGUGGUCAUAUGCUCUAUAAAUGUAACUCUGGCUACAGGCUUGUUGGUGAUUACAGACGGGAAUGUUUAGCAGAUGGCACAUGGAGUGUAACGGCACCUAUAUGUGAACCUCUAAAGUGCUCAAAACCAACCAUUCCAGAUGGAUAUGUAAAUGGACAAAACUUUAUCUUAGGAUCCAUAAUUCAGUAUGGUUGUAAUACUAACUUUGAAUUGAUUGGAAAUGAUACCAGAGAAUGCUUAGAAAAUCAAACCUGGAGUGGAGUUGCGCCAUUCUGUGAAGUGAUCAGAUGCAGUGUGCCUAAGGCUGUGGCAAAUGGAAUGAUAAUGUUGAAUGGAUACAAAGUGGGAGAAGUUGCUGAAUAUAAAUGUAACAAUGGAUAUGAAAUAAUUGGCAGCGCUAAAAGGACCUGUCAAAAUGAUAAAACCUGGAGUGGUUCUGAUCCAUCUUGUGGCAAAAUAUUUUGUCCUCAUCCAGAGCAAAUAGAAAAUGGCAUUUUUAGUACUCAAAGCACUGCAAAGGACUUCCCCUAUGAUAUUUUGAUAGAAUAUUCAUGUCUCAGAGGAUACUACAUUAUUGGUGUAUCACAACAUCGUUGCCUUGCUAAUAAAACAUGGAGUGGAGACUUACCUUACUGUCAGCCUAUUGACUGUGAGCAACCUCCCAUUGAUAGUCACUUGCAAGUAUCUGUGGAGAGUACCACUUACAAAAGUACAGCAAAUUACUCUUGUGAUGAUGGAUAUAUUUUAAUUGGAAAUGCGACACAAACCUGUAUGGAUAACAAAACAUGGAGUGGUGACAUCCCUAGAUGUGAUAUUGUAACUUGCCCAACACCCAGCCACAUAACCAAUGGAAAGGUCUCUGGCAACUUAUUUUUAUAUGGAGAACAGCUACAGUAUGAAUGUGACAUUGGAUAUGAACUGUUUGGCUCAUCGUCACUAACUUGCUUGAGCAAUGGACAGUGGAGUGACCAGUACCCCACAUGUUUAAAGGUCUCUUGUACGGUCCCUGUUGCUUCAAAAAGAAGUGUAUUGUUGGCAAAUACCUCUACGCUGUUUUAUGGUGAUUCCAUUACCUAUUCAUGUGUAGAGGGAUUCAGUAUUCAUGGUGAUAGCACAAGGAAAUGCAAAGAAAAUGGGCAAUGGAGUGGAACUGAACCAAAAUGUGAAAUUGUUAAAUGUGGAAAACCACUUCAUGUGUCACAUGGAGGACAUAAUGGAAGCCAUUUCAGCUACAGUGAGAUAAUUGAGUUUUACUGUGAUAAGGGUUAUGAGAUGGUUGGUUCACCAAUUGCCCACUGUCUGUCCAAUGGGAAGUGGAGCAGUAUGUCACCCGUGUGUGUAAUGGUGACAUGCCCAAUGCCAAAUGAAAUUGAAAAUGGUGAAUUAUUGUUCAGUUCCAACAUGUAUGGUGGAACAGUUGAAUACAUGUGCCAUGAAGGUUUUGAGUUGAUUGGAAACAAAAGUCAUGCGUGCCAGGCUGAUAAAACAUGGAGUGGCAACAUCCCGUAUUGUGAACAAAUUAUGUGCCCACACCCAGAGGACCCGCCUAAUGGGCAUGUUAUUACAAGUGAUCUUUCAUAUGGUCAAGUAGUUGGAUAUGCUUGCAAUCCUGGAUUUGAGUUGAAUGGUGUAAGAAUGAGACAGUGUGUUGGUAAUGGUAUUUGGAGUGAAGAAGCUCCUAACUGUACCAUCAUUUCCUGCCCACCUCUAACAAAAAUUAGUCACGGAACAAUUCAAGGAAAUAAAACACAUUUUGGGUCCAGUGUCUCAUAUAGCUGUGAAAUGGGAUUUGAAAUUUCAGGGCCUUCUGUAAGGUCAUGCACAGAGCAUGGAACAUGGAGUGAUAAAACACCAAAAUGCAUUCCGAUAAAGUGCCAAGAGCCUGGUCUGUUAGCUAAUGGCAAAAUCUAUGGUAACAAUUUUACAUAUGGUGAAGUUAUCAAGUUCAGAUGCCAAACAGGAUAUACUUUAAAGGGACCAAGCAGCAGUCAGUGCAAGGUAAAUAAGCAAUGGAGUGGGAAAACACCUAUAUGUACAGUAGAUGUCUGUGAGACACCGACUAAAAUUCCUCAUGGAAAAAUUAUUGGGGACAAUUUCACAUUUAGUGCUACCAUUGCCUUUAUUUGUGAUCCCGGAUACAGAUUGGAAGGAUCAUCUGUUAGGCAAUGCAUAGCAAAAGGAAAAUGGAGUGGAAAGACACCAUCCUGUAGGCCCAUUGCUUGCAUCCCACCACCAAGCUUAGACAAUGGAUAUAUUAUUGGAGAGAACUUCACAUAUGGCCAAGUUGUGCAGUAUGUCUGUAAUUCAGGAUAUAACCUGCAUGGCCCCUCAGAGAAACAAUGCCAAGAGGAUAGAACAUGGACUGGAGGAACACCUUCAUGUUCUCUUGUAACCUGCAGUGUGCCUUUGCCAAUACCACAUGGUAAUAUACUUGGAGAAAAGUAUUAUUUUAAUGAAACCAUUGAAUAUAGAUGUGCUAAAGGAUAUGAACUGAAAGGAUCACCUUUCAGAAGGUGUCUUACUGAUGGUAACUGGUCUGGAAAUGAACCAAAAUGUUCUCCAGUUUCCUGUGGAAUACCAGAUCCUGUGCCAAAUGGAUAUUUCAAUGGUACAGAAUACACCUUUCAUAAAGUUGUACAUUACAGUUGUUUAACUGGGUAUAAACUUGCUGGUGUACCUGAAAGGACCUGUCUGCCAAACAAACAGUGGUCUGGUGAAAACCCAACUUGUACAAUUGUCUCCUGUCCAAAGCCAGCAGACCUCCAGAAUGGGGUAUUGUUUGGAGAGGAAUAUGUGUUUGGAAGUGCUAUUAGUUAUAUGUGUGAAAAGGGUUACAAACUUGAAGGUUCUCAUAUAAUGUACUGUCAACAGGAUGGCACAUGGACUGGAAGUAGUCCUGUUUGUACUUUAGUAACUUGCCCUGUCCCAGAAGCCCUGAACAAUGGCUUGGUGUUCACAAAAAACUACUCAUAUAAAAGCAUUUUGAUGUACAAAUGCAACCAAGGUUUCGAAUUAAUAGGCUCUAAACAAAGACAUUGUUUAGAAAAUGGAACCUGGAGUUUUGAAAAGCCUUAUUGUAAGAAAGUGACUUGCAAUCACCCUUCAGAAUUAGCUCACGGUAAUGUUUUCGUCUAUGAUUACAGUUAUGAAUCUGUAAUUGAAUACAGAUGUGAUUAUGGAUAUGAAAUAAAAGGAAACAUACUUCGCACAUGUCAGGCUGAUAAAACUUGGAGUGGAAAUACUCCAAAAUGUGAACUACUUGUUUGUCCCACACCUCCUGUCAUAGCAAAUGCAAUUGUUGUUGGAGAAAAUUUUAGCUUUGCUGAGUCUAUCACUUACGUAUGCAAUAAAGGAUUUGAGCUGCGUGGACAUGCAAUUAGAACCUGUCAAGCUGACAAAACUUGGUCUCGUGGAGUCACACAAUGCAUACCUUUGACAUGUCCCCAACCUCCACCAUUUCGAAACGGAUGGUGGGUUGCAACAGACAACAACACUGUACAUUCUGUGAUAAGGUUCCAGUGUAAUGUUGGAUACAGCCUUUCAGGUCCACAUGCCAUUCAUUGCCUAACAAGUAAACAGUGGAGUGGAGAAUUCCCAACAUGUAACAAAAUCACAUGUGGUCCACCUGACAAAAUAAAAAAUGGUCUUGUAGUAGGAGCAUCCUAUGAAUAUGAUGAAGUUGUGGAAUACCGCUGCUUAUCUGGACAUUUUUUAUCUGGACCUCAUAAAAAGCAGUGCCAAGCUGAUGGAACAUGGGAGCCAAGUGGAAUUCCAAAAUGUGAUUAUAUAUCAUGUGGUAGGCCAAGAAAUGUUCAAAAUGCAAAAGUGAUUGGCACCUCUUAUGCUUAUGAUGAUUAUGUUUUUUAUCUCUGUACUGAAGGAUUUGAACUUAUGGGAAACAAUGUAUUAGAAUGUGGCAGAGAUGGACGUUGGAGAGGUAGACUUCCAGUUUGCAAGAUGAUAUCCUGUGGACCUCCCCCUGUUAUUGCUAAUGCUUCAACCUAUGUUACUCACUACACAUAUGGCAGUAGGGUAAGUUACUCUUGUAAUAAAGGAUUUCUCCUCCAAGGGGAAUCGAUGGCAGAAUGCAUGGCUAAUGGAACAUGGAUGUUCCGCCAUUCCCCAAGCUGUGUGCCUGUUAGUUGUGGGCAGCCAGACCCUCUUUAUAAUGGACGUGUUCAUCUCACUGAUACCACCUAUGGCAGCAUAGCAAGUUACACAUGUAAAAAAGGCCAUGUUUUAGUUGGAUCUCAAAGAGUUACUUGUAAAGAUAAUGGUUUUUGGAGUCAUGGGGUACCUACCUGUAAAAGAGUGGUGUGUAGACCUCCCCCUAGAGUUCUCAAUGCUGAUGCUGAGGGUCAUGACUUUACAUUUGGUGGAACUUUAAGGUAUAGCUGCAUACCUGGAUAUGAAAUGGUUGGACAAAAUCUUCGUAUGUGCCAAGAGGAUGGUUCCUGGGAAGGCGAACAACCAUACUGUAAAAAAAAAUCUUGUGGAGGACUUUCUCCACUUAAGAAUGGCCGUGUGGUGGGAAGAGGCUCUCUUUAUCUUGAUAGAGUUAGAUUUUUCUGUGAUUCUGGUCAUAUUUUGGUCGGCAAUGAAAGUGCAAUUUGCCUGGAAACAGGACAAUGGAGUAGUAAAGUACCAGUUUGUUCUGCUGACAUGUGCCCUCCACCUAGGGUUUCCCGGCAAUUCCGUCCUGUCAGUGGCACCUUUGCUAUUGGAUCUACCGUUGGUUUGGCAUGCAUUUCUGGUUAUGUGGCCAAAGGAGACAUCACCAUAACCUGUCAGAAAAAUAAGCGCUGGAGCUCUCCAUCAGGAACCUGUGAAAGGGUAUAUUGUGGCCCCCCAAAAACAGAUGAGAAAACUGUUCAGUACAUUUUUGCCAGAAGGGGUGACAACUACACAUACCGAGACAGAGUGGUAGUUGUGUGUAAACCAGGACUAGCACCAGGCACUCAUCAUUAUCUUACAUGUAGAGAGAACGGGAAGUGGGAUGGAGUGGCAGCAUGCAAAGAGGUCACUUGUGCCCAGAAAUGUAAAAAUGGAGGGACAUGUGUAGGAAGAAACAAGUGUUCAUGUCGGCCUGGAUUUAAAGGAGAACACUGUGAACAAGCAAUCUGUGUAUUGCCCUGCAUGCAUGGAGGGACAUGUGUGGCCCCCUAUAGGUGUACAUGUAAACCUGGGUAUACAGGAACAAGGUGUGAGAAAGCCAUAUGUAGCCAACCCUGCGCUAAUGGCGGUCAGUGUAUUGAGCCAGAGAUAUGUCAGUGUAUGCACGGGUGGAUGCCACCUUACUGUGAGGAGUAUAGGCAUGAUUGGAGGAGUCAUUUUUAUAGUAAAAGGAGGAAAAAAAGGCAGAUUCAUUGACAGGAAUAAACAAGAAAUAUUUUGUUAAAAACACAUUUUAACCAUUGAUGUACAGAAAAAUGGCUUUAUACAAAUUCCAACAAUUCUUGCUAUCUAUUUUCUGUUCCAGUUAUGAGGAAAUAAAUUGUUACAUAUAUUUUGGUGGUCAAGAAUAUCUACCAGCAUAAGUGGUUUGAUGCCGUCAAAUGUUGUUUAUAUAAUUUCAUAAGCAGCAGAAUGCUGAAGCAGCAUUAUGAGAAAUGCAAAAUCAAAAUGUGUAAUUUUCAUCAUUUUUUUUUAUUUCAUUGUAAAAUGUUCUUAAAUACAUAAUACAUUAAAAUGAUUGUUCACCUCUGUUAGCAUUACAUUUGUAAGGUUUUACAACGGUACAUACACUAAAUAAACAGUAAAAACAGUUCAUUGUAAAUGGAUAAUGAUGUUGCCAUGUCCAUCUGAAACAAAUGUCUUAAUUAUUUCAACUGAUACAGUAUCUAUAACAUUGCAAAGUACUGAGAAUUUAUUAGCUCAUUAUGGAAUUGUCACAUUCAGCCUUAAGCACGAAGCAAGUUUUGAUCAUUCAUAAUGCUUAGCCUAUUUAAUUUCACAAUCAUAAUCUUAACGAGAACAUUUUUUAUGUGACUUUAAAAUGACUUGUCAAUAAGUCAGCUAUAUUACAACUGUUUAAUCAGCUGAAAUCCUGUAUUCUAUAAAUGUAAUUUUACAAGUUAAUAAGUAAUGAAAUUACAACACCUGCUCAAAAUACAUUUUGUGUUCAUUAAAAUUACAGCAAUGCAUGCUACUGAGUACCAUUAAAUACAGUUAUUUAAAAAUAAAGUAUUUUUUAAAAUGCUUUAGUAAAAUAUCUUGACAUAUGCAGUCAAGUGACGAAGGUUGUUGUCAAGUACUGGAAAGUUGCUAAACAUGUCAUUAAGAUUUAUCUUACAUCAUUUGUCAGGUUAAAAUCUAGAAACACUCUUACAAAGGCUUCCGUAUCCAACAGAAAAAUAUUUUGAUUAUUCAGCACGGUUGUGUCAGCCAUGGCAUGUUAAGACAGGAUUGACUUUAUCUUGUGAUAAAAAGUGCUGGAUUGGGUUCAUUGUAUUUUCUGCUGUUAAAUUUUAUAUUUUGGCAUUUCUAUCACAUUUGUCCACAGAAGGAUGUGUGAUCCUAGAAAUUAACCAUCUUUAAAAAAGAACAGGCAAUUUCAAAUGAUCCCAAUAUUGAUCUAUUUCAGCUUUAUGCAAUAAAUACUGAAAACAUAUUCACAACAAAUAACAGCCAAUUAGUCACUUGAAAUCAAAAUGAAUGGUGAAAACAGUUCAGUUGUACUGUUAAAUUUUCAAAAGACAAUACCUGACAAACAUAUUCAGCUAUGUUAACAAAUUUGUGAAAUAGCUCACCUUAUCACUUCUGUUGUGUCAAAGCAUGGAACACCAACCAAACAUUUCAAUAAAAAAUGCUUCUGGUUAUCACCCAGUCACUCGAGGACACACUGGUAUACUUUAAGACCGAGGCCUUACUUAUAAGCUGCAUCUAAGUUUGAAUACAAUGGCCUCCAUUUUGCAUCAGCGCAAAAAUACAGCAGAAUGGAUAAGCCCAAACAACACCACAGACAGAGUGUCUGAUACCAUUUAAGAAUUGAAUGAUCUGUAAAAUGAUCUAGUCACCAGCAAUGACAAUAUCAUGGUUGACAAGGAAACUCUUUUCCUGCCAUACAACCAUGGGGUAGGAAAAAAAUUCACGAAGUACAUGCUGACAUAAAACCAGUGAUUGCGAAAGGCGUCGGACCACGGCCAUAUGCUGGCAAAAUUCUGUGGGAUGGAAAACCCUUAUAACUCAUUGGCCCACAUGACUGAUGGACUAAAGUCGACACCUUGCCUCAUAUCUGAAUUUAUCGUAAAGCUCUGAACACGCACUAGAUAUUUCGUAUCAAAUACAUGCAUGCCAGCCUGUCCAUAAGACCUAGUGGACGUGGUUUUUAUCCGAUUGGGUGGUACAACCAGUAAUGGACGUUUCUGUAUCAAAACGAAUGUUACUCUCUCUCUCCAGGCAGAAGAUACUCGCUGCUGCUUGGAGAGUAUGUGGUCAUGUGACCGCAAGUAUCGCCAGCGUGAUGGUGAUGUCAAAAAUCUCCUCGUGGCUCGAUGUUGUAGAAAAAAAUAAUGAAAAAAGACCACAAAGACCACUAACACUAACAGACAAGCAUUUUUCCAAGAGUAUGAUAAGACAAAGAACAAACGUUUAAUCCGAAAAAAUGUGGCAAAGUGAAUGAUUUUAUGAGAGAUAUUACACUGAUAGUGACAGUGAUGCAAAUGACAUGGACAUUGAACUCUAGAAUCUUGUUUGACAUAUUUUUGGCAACCUUACCAGCAUGAUUUAUUUAAUCAUUUUUACUUCACUUACUUCCCUUACAUUGAAUAUAUAUAUAACUUUCAAUGAAGCAUCCUGUGUGAAUAAAGACUAUAACAGCAACAAGGACCUUUAAUGAAAAGUUAGAAAAGUUGGAAGCUCCACAUCACUAUGACUUACAUUUUAAUUUAAGGCAAAAAAUUGGAAUAAAAAUUUACAACAGAUACAUGGUCUUGUGUUAAAAUAUUAGAAAUUAAGAUAAGCAACCCAGAUGUAAAAAGGAUAAAAUUUAAAUGCCAGAAAGCAACCAAAAUAAAGUAUGUUUAAACUUCUUAAUUUUUAUUACAUUUGGCCUGAAAAUUGAAAAGCAGCGAUUUAAAAAGCCAGACAAUAACAUUCGUCAAUGGUGAAAAUGUACAGCUUGAUUAUUUUAUUGUGGGCUGGUAAAAAAAAAGGUGUGGGCUGUCAAAAUUUAAUUUGCUCCAGCCCACAUGUCUGGUAAGUGUUCAAUCUCUUUGGCAAUCAUUGUUAAACUAAUGAUGGGGGUUAAAACUUGUAUCAGCACCAACAGAACAGGUACUGGAGAAGAAUACAGUUUCACCAGAAUGAAAGUGAACAGAAAGGCUUUAAUAAGGUAGCAAGCAGUGCGAAGGUACUAGCUUCAUCGUUUUUUUAAUGAGAAACCUGUCACACCUCAAGUUGUUGCUAGUUCAAAAAGGACUUGGAGAUGUAAUUAAGUAAGAUGAAAAGCCCACAAUGUGGGAAAAGUUAUUCAAUCAAGUAGGGGAAACAAUCUCAUUAAGCAAGGCUAGUAGUAAAACCAUGGGAUUGAACCAGACACCAAAAAGUCCUCAAAUACUGUAUGUGAGGACAUUACAUAGGCAAAUAGGCUUCUGGAUCUGUUGAAGGUAAUGUUUUGGCAGUAAAACUCAUUAAAAAUCUAGAGCCCUAGGAAGCUGGGCUGGAAGAGACACACGGUUGCUGAUGGCACUGAAAAGAGGCCAUGGUUUCCAAACCCACUCCCUCCAGCUGGAGUUAAGACCCAGUUUCCCACCCACCCCUCUGGCUAAAGAAAGGCCACAGACUUCCACCCCAGUCCCUCCAGCUGAAGAGAGGGCCACGUCCCAGUCACCCCACCCUCUUCAGCCGCACCUACUGUUGACAGGGGCAGAGGCAAGAAGGGCAAAGCUGUUGAUCAGCAGCCAGAAAGGAUGAAGCCCAGGAGGAAUUUCACCUUCACCAAAGAAGAUGAUGAUGCCGUCUUUGAGUGGCUGUAGGAGAAAGAGCUGCUGUGGAGAAAUGGACACAGGCUUUUUAAGGACACCAACAGAAAGAAGGCAUUAGGGGAAGCUUAGGGAAGGGAGCUGGACGUGACAGGUGAACAUCUCCAGGGCUGAGGGAGAGGCGCGCACUCCUGGUAUGUAAAACUCAACAGGGUGAAGUUUUGCCAGGCUGCCAAGAAGUUCACUGAAAUGAGAAGUAUGUGCUCCAAAAGAAUGCCUUCUACCAGAGAGAGCUUAGACACUGAUCCUCAGCACCCAUGAAAUCUCUAAGUCAUGUUUUCCAAAUGGUUAUUUGUAUUUCCUUCCCUUUCUUGUACUGAUUCACCUUCAUUCUACCACCCUCAUUUGCAUAUGAGAUCACAUAAGAUGCACAAAGGUUAGUCCCAGCUAACACUGGCUGAACAUAAAUAGGUCAGACAUAGUUGUGUUGGCAUAAGUGCUCUGAGCAUGUGCAAGAUGUGGAUUGUGAGGCUCAAAUAGACACUUUAACACAAGCAGUCUCUACAAUUCUGCCUGUGGUUCAGCAAAUAAGCGCCAAUAUGGCAGGGAAUGACUCAACUAACGAAGAAGGAGAUAAUGUUGAGGAUGAUUUUGCCACAGAGGAACCUACCAGUGCGGCCGUCACUGUGCCAGCUGACACAGAAAAUUUGCUGGCUUUACUCACGCAGUCGCUCAAAGCCAAGGAGACAUGUGGCCAAGCUAACGACACAGAGCUGGCUGAGAAGAUUAACAGUAUUAUGUCGACCGGGAUUUCAGAACAGCGGCUCACAGAAGUGAAGGACAAGUUUCUACAUCUGGAAAAUUGCCAGUAUCUAGAAGUACCAAAAUGCCAGCCAGAGGUUUGGACAAGUGACGGGGAUGCUAAGAGGAGUAAAGAUCUAAAAUUACUGCAAGUACAGUCCCUCCUCAUUAAAGCUGUUACAGUGGCAUGAAUGUUGAAUUUAAUCUCGCACCUGUCCAGGAUUUUUGCACCUAUAUGAUCUGUAGACCAGAAAGAGUUCAUUAUAAUUGACAGGGAAAUAGGCAAAUUGUUAUCUAAAGGAGUCAUAACUCAUUGCCAGAAGAGGGACAAUUUAUCUCUACUAUUUUUACCCGUCCUAAGAAAAAUGGAAAAGUUAGAAUCAUUUUGAAUCUUAACACAUUGAAUGAAUUUGUCACUUACCACCAUUUUAAAAUGGACACCCUCCAGUCCUGUUUAAAUAUGAUGCAACCUGAUAGAGCUGAGCAUGAGGAAGCGCUCCAGGACAUGUUGGCUCAGCGGGAGUAUUAAGUAUAUUCAAGAAAAGGUAAGGUUAACUUACUAUGAUCGUCAUUAUGGAAAGACCACCAAUCCCAAGAAUCCACACAAUGGACCAUCAGCCCACCACCUCUCCCUCUGUGACAGAAGAUCCAGAGCCCGGACACGCAGAUCCGACACCCAGCACUAGUUCAGGUAGCUCUGGCAAUCAAGCUUUAUUGGGUUCAGGGGACCCAUUGCUUUCACUACUGAAUUCUGGGGAAUAUCAGGUUAUAACGGUGAACCCAGACGGAACAUUCAACUGUGCAUCUUCACCCACCCUUCUUCACUGGCAAACUAACCAGUUGGGUUCAGGGGACUCAACCCUGGCAGCAUCUACAGAUACGGCCUAUCAAUCAUUAACUCACCACCUCUCCCAGACAGCCAUCACUAAAAUUCAAGAAGACCAGUAUGUUGAUCUCAAAGGCCUUAUACCACACACCUCCAAUACCCUGCUCCCAAGAGACAAACAGGAGACCUCCCCCCCCCCCAAUUUUCGGUAAUACCCCAGUUUGAUCUGGCAGCCCCCUUGGUCAAUCUCAAUCUCGAUUUUAGAAACUUAGCAAUCGAUCCUAGGUAUCGUUUUACCAAUGGGGCUAUCUUCUUCCUGCCAAACAUUCGAGAUAUUUUCCACAGCACUGGAAUGGAUAGCCAAAAACAAGUGCAAUAUACCACAUAUUAUACACUUACUGGACGAUUUCCUGAUUGCUGCCCUAACAGAAGUCGAAUGUCAGAACUCUCUUGCAAAAUUUUGUGCCUUAUGUAAACACAUUGGUGUCCCUUUAGUGUCCGAAAUAAACCACAGUCCCCAUGACUACCAUCUCCUUUGCAGGCAUUGAAUUAGACAAGAAGCAAGGCUACCACCUGAAAAAAAUAGAGGGCUGUCUCAAUCUCAUUCAAACCCAUCUAUCUAAAAAGAAAAUAACCCUCCAAGACCUAGAGUCCAUCACAUGCCUUAUUAAUUUUUGUUGUUUCGUAAUCCCAGUGGGUAGAGCAUUUUUGCGACACUUAAUCAACCUCACAAUAGGCAUUUCCAAACUCUUCUAAAGAAUACGCCUCAACAAUGAAUCCCACUCCCAUCUAUUUACCUGGCAAGAAUUUCUUACAAAUUCUAAUGGUAAAGGGUUUUUCCAUGAAGAAGGGUGGAGUAUUUUCACCAAUGCAUCGAAAAGCUGUGGAUUUGGUGCCAUUUACAAUGACAAGUGGUUCUAUGGACAAUGAAAAGAUAAUAAAGAGCAGUCACACAUUUCACUUUUAGAACUGUAUCCAAUCGUGACAUCAGAUUUAAUUUGCCAGGAUAACCUGGAAAACAAAAAGCUAACAAUAUGGUCUGAUAACGAGGCUCUCAUAUACAUUUUAAACAAUGCACUUCAAAGACCAACACAUUAUGAUCCUUGUAAGGAAAUUAGUUUUGACCUGCCUCAACAAAAAUACUCACUUUAGAAGUUUAGAGCACUUCACAUUCCUGGAUCUCUCCAUGCGGCAGCUGGUGCCUUCCCGAUUUGAAUUACAGAGAUUCCACAAGUCAACACUGCUUGCUGCACAGGAGCCAACACCAGUACCACAAGAAUGGCAGCUCAGCAACCUGUUGAAACCUGUAGUCGUUUGGGUACAGGGGACCCAAUCUGCGACGAGUCAACUUUCCAUUGAUCUCAAGAACCAAGCUGCCAAUCGCCUCAUGGCUGACCUAAAGAAAACCAUGGAGGCAGCACUCACUCCAAGCACGUGCCACUUACGAGAAAAUAGAAUCCCAUUUACAAGAGUUCUACGAACUGACAGGCACUUCAGCUUUUCCCAACAAUCCAUCUGUAACAGCACUGUUCUUCCAGUUUCUAAGCGAAAGAUAUAAAAAAAGUUCUCUAAAAACAUUCAAAUCCACCUUGAGCUAAAAAUACAAAAUGAAGCAUCUCGACGACCCACUUCUUUUUUGUCAAGCAAGCACUAAAAGGCUUAGAAAAGCAAGAAGAAUCUAAUGCCACAGCACCUCCACCUGAACACAGAGCUACGAUCACCGUUCUGAUGCUACAAGCCUCGAUGCUAGCCAUCCACUCUAUUUUACGAUCCAGUUAUGAAAUCACACUCUUCUCCACGAUGUUCUUUGCUGCCUUCUAUGGAUUACUACGACUAGGCGAAUAUACAACAGGUGACUCUCAGCACACUUUACUGGUGCAGAACGUGACAAUCAAUUCCCCCUGAGGGCUGGGCACUUCUGUCCCCACAUUUAAACAUUCCAAGUCAACCUCAGUGAACAAAGUGCUUCUUAAUAAACAAAACUCACCAACGUGCCCAGUAACAAUGCUAGCAAAUUAUCAAAGAAUCUGUCCAAACAUGCAAAAUGGAUAUUUCUACCUCCACGAGACCAGAACACUUCUCCUGUACACAGACGUGAGUUCUGUAGAUUUCAGAAUAUGUGCACUCAAGCUGCUCAACUCUCGCAUCUAAACAUCAAGCCACAUAGCUUUCGCAUUGGAUGAACUACUUUAGCCGCCCAGUGCAGUCUUUCUGACCAACAGCUUAGGGACAUUGGAAGGUGGAAUUCAGAUGCCUUCAAACAAUAUUUUAGAUACUAACUGCUAUGCAGCAUAUAAUAUGGGUAUCAUUAUCUUAUGUAUACAAAACAUGUAGAUGAACAGACUAUGCUUAAAUUCCUGGAUACAUCAGGUGAAUUAUCAGCUUUAAUUCUAUGAAAGGCAGUAUUAAGAACAUGUUUUAAAAUAAGCAAAAAUUAGUGCCAAAUCAAAUGAUACAAAUAUAAUCUUUGAUAACAAAUGCAAAAACCGUCAACAUGUCAGCAUAGACUUUUCCUUACAAGCAUUCUACAAAAUGUUUACACUAAUAAAAGUGCUUAGUAAGAACACAAACACAAUUGUAGUCUUCCUAUAAUCUCGGAUUUUUUUGGGUGGGGGUAUAAACCUUUCUCGAGGUUUAUUAUGGCGCUUUUUCUCCCCACUUUUUAUGGUUUAAGGAAAUGACACCACAUUACACAACAGAAAUCAAUUAUUUUACCUAUUAGUUUAAAAAAUAUAAAGGAGUUAUUCAUCUCUGGUAAACUGUGGCUCAUAAGUGUUAUAAACUGACAUAUACACCCGACAGUGGCUCCUCCUACUACACCAGAAUAGACCAAUAACUUAUGCAUGUGCGUCACGUGACACAACGCGUAAUGCGCGUGAGAACACAAAACACCAGCAGAUCGCUACUUUACAGAGAAGAGAUAAAGUGGAGGGAGAAGUUUGUAUGAAGCAUCGCUCAGAUGAUAUAUUAAGUAUAUUCAAGAAAAGGUAAGGUGAACUUACUAUGAUCACUUUCUUUUACUCUCCUUCCCUCCCCAUCUAACCCUCGACUCCAAAUAUUUUCCUACUAUAUUCAGCCAUAUGUCUACAUAAUUGCGGUACUCACUUUAACAAUGCUUUGGUGCUUUUUCUCCCCACCUUUUAUGGUUAAAGGAAAUGACACCACAUUACACAAUAGGAAUCGAUUAUUUUACCUAUUAGUUUAAAAAAUAUAAAGGUGUUAUUCAUCUCUGGUAAAGUGCAUUUACCCAAACAAGGUUGGGAAUUAGAACAAUGGGUUAACACCCAUUGUAUUAACACGAAAUUGGAAGUGACUCCAAUGUCCCAAGAGUUGAAAUAUAACCAUAAAACAGAGCAAAAAAUCCCGCCUUUUUAUUUUCCUCAAAAAUCCGUAGCUGUUAUAAAUAGAAAAUAAAGAACACAGCUUAAAUAAUAGAAGAUUUAUUAAACCUUUAAAAUGACAAAAACACCAUUUCUAUCAUAAGAAUAGUGGGCCUCACUACCAAAGAUGCUGAGGACAGAAAAGCAUUCGGAACUCCUCGACAAUUUCCGGCUAUCUUCCGAACGCCUUGAAACUAGUCUCGGAUGUAUGACAGUAAAAAAUGUCGCCUACGCACAACAUAUGUGAUCAGGUCAAGAACCCGGAUGGACGGCGCCGCAUCACUAAUGUAUACCGCAAUCAAAACAAUAUAGUUCCCCCAAAACACGUGGAUCUAACAAAUAUGGCGUCAUUCGACGAAUGUAUUGAAUAUGCACUAUCUUCCUGCCCACUUUUUAAAGAUCAAGACUACAAACUACGUGAAAAACAACUGGAAACACUGAGGAUAUUGUUCGAAGGAAAAGACUGCGUGUCCAUUUUACCAACUGGCUAUGGGAAGAGCAUAAUUUUUCAGUUGCUGCCUUGGUUUCUCCAACAUAAACUCAAGAAAAAACAACCGAUGAUCGUCUUGGUGGUUUCCCCACUAAACUCCCUAAUACAAGACCAGAUUUCAAAUUUGAGAAGAGUAGGCAUAGUUGCGUGUACUAUCAAUAUAUCAGGUAGAUUCCCCUUCGUUUUCUUCCUCUUCUCUCACAGAAUUUAAAUCACAAUAUUAAUAACAAAUAGGGUUAUUAUUGCUGCUCUUGAUUUAAUAACAACAACGAUGAAUAUAUAAUUAAAAUGAAGAAAGAAUUUGUUAAUAAUAGUAAGAAUGUAUAAUUAUUUAUUAUGCCUAAAUAAACAUGUCCUGUCAGGGUGCUGCCAUGUUUAUUAUAUUGGUAUCUAGAGUAGUUUGCACUACUUCCAAAAUGGCGACGUCUGUCAUACGGCCGAGAUAUGAUGACGCAGGAAUCAAUCGACGGUGAGCCGAGUGGACAGAAGAGGUCACACCAAAGACAGUCGUGGCACAAAGAGGAGGAUACAGGAUGCCCAGGAAGAGUGUCUGAGGGAAAUCAGUGACAGCUUGAGGGCCAACAUGCAGCUGCUAAAGGCCAACCGAAGCCAUGAUAGCACACCAAUGUGUAUAUUGGACAGAUAGCAAAGAGGUUUAUUGCAGGUUAUGUCAGGUAGGUUGUCAAAAGCUCCCAAGUCUUUCUGGCAAACAGGGUUGUUUCAAAUAAUACAAAAGCCAACCCCCACAAUGAGGCUUGAAGUCAUAUAAUAUCUAAAGUUCAAGAGUAAUGAAUGAUAUAGAGCUGUUACAACUGAUCAGUGGGUCUGUUUAUUUUGAUUAUCUAUUAUUGAAAAAAUAUAUACAUCUGAUUUAGAGCCAAAAAUAUUACAAGUUUUCCAUAUUGAGGUUUUAGCAGCAAGUUCUGAAAAAUCAGAAAACAGAUAAAGACCCUGUAUUACCUAGUAUUUAGACAUAAAAGGAUGCAUUACAAAGUGGUUUACUAUGUACUUUGUCUCUUACAAUGUGUCUCUUUUAAUGUGUAAUUCUACUGAUUGCAGUAUGACUCUAUAAUUUAAAGAGGCCAAACAUUAUAAACCAUAUCUAUCCACAUAAUCUAACCUACACUAAGAUGAGAUUUAUGACCAGCAAUAUCCUCAAGGGCAGAUGAAGCCUCCAAUAAAAGGCUUAGGUUAUAAUGACCAGGAUGGAAGCUGCAUCUAUUCUGCACUUUGCAGAGUCCCCCAGUUCCAGCUGCAUAU